AUGGAAUUUCCCUCGAAAAAUGUUCCAGAUGGAACUGGAGAAAACCUGCCCUUGUAUCGGAAUGUGUCUAGAAUCUAUACUACUGACCAACGAUGUAAGAAAGGUCUACCUCUAAGUAUGGCUCUCGUGCAGUUUUCUCCCUACGUCUAUGACCGUUUGGGCGCGAAAUCGAAAUUUGUUAUUGUAAACGGGUAAGCAUAGUAGGGAGGGGUGUGUGAGAAAGGAAGAAAGGCUGUGAGGGAGGGAGGGAGUUCGUAGUAGGUGGGCAUGGAGAUGGAUGUGAGGGAUGUAGGCAGGGAAAGGGAUUGUGAGUAAGCUAGAGGGAGUGUGUGAGAGAGAUAGGCAGGCAGAAAGGGGAGAGGGUGGGUAGGCAGAUAGGGAGAAAGCUGCAGCUAUCCAAUGUAAAUGUAAAUUCAGUUUCCUCUUGUAUUAACUAUCAAUCAAAAAAGAAGGCUUCUGGAGAGAAAAGUAAGAAUGGUGGCGCAUUCAGUAUGAAUAAAGUUGGUUUAGUUUUUCUUCUGUAAUAACAGCCGACCAUCUGAGGAGAACAACUUCGAAAUAAUAUAGCUAACGAGCUUAAAUAGAUUUAGUUUAGUUAAGGUUUAGUGGCACCGGACAGGUAUGGCCAUUGCUGGGUUUCCUGGGAGAACGGUUUGAAUGUGAUAGAGUUAUCUGCUAUAGAAAUAAAAUUAAUUGUAAAUAUUUCUGUUUUUUAGAACUAGAAAACUGAAACCUAAACUUUUAUUUAAAUUUUAUGGUAUGUUCCCUGAAAUUCUGAAAAAAGCCAUUCCGACAUGUUGCGAUUCCAAAUCAGACAUCAAGUAUGCAAAACUACUGCUCGAACAGCACGUGGAUCCCGAGGUGGAACAUGAGUAUGAUUUCUCAUUCCCGCUAUACGGCAAGAGUAUGCAGGAUGCGAUGUAUCAAAGUAACCCCUUCAUUCCUAUCAUUCAAGCUCCGAGCGUGGCAUUGUUGGUACGGAGUGAGAGUGUGACGUCCGGAAACACCAAGUUUAUUGCCAAGACUAUCAUUGGAUUUUGGCCUAUGUAUCUCUUUAUUCUGCUCAUUGCGAGUUCCGCUGGGAUUAUCAUGUGGUGUUUGGUAAGUAUGUUUUUAUUAAAGAAACAAUUAUGUUAAUGAGUUAUGUUACAGAGAUGUCUGCAUUAGAGAGUUGUCUGUAUUAGAGAGAAAUUUGUAUUAGAGAGAUGUCUGUAUUAGAGAGAUGUCUGUAUUAAUAGAUGUCAGUAUUAAGGAAGUGUCUGUAUUAGAGAGAUGUCUGCAUUAAAGAGGUGUCUGUAUUAAGAGGUGUCUGUAUUAAGAGGUGUUUGUAUUAAGUGGUGUCUGUAUUAGGGAGGUGUCUGUAUUAGGGAGGUGUCUGUAUUAGGGAGGUGUCUAUUAGAGAGGUGUCUGUAUUAAGAGGUGUUUGUAUUAAGUGGUGUCUGUAUUAGGGAGGUGUCUGUAUUAGGGAGGUGUCUGUAUUAGGGAGGUGUCUAUUAGAGAGGUGUCUGUAUUAAGAGGUGUUUGUAUUAAGAGGUGUUUGACUGUUUGUAUUAAGAGGUGUUUGUGUUAGAGAGGUGUCUGUAUUAGGGAGGCGCCUGUAUUAGGGAGGUGUCUGUAUUAGAGAAGUGUUUGUAUUAGUGAGGUGUCUGUAUUAGGGAGGUGUCUGUAUUAGAGAGGUGUCUGUAUUACAGAUAUGUCCGUAUUAAUAGAUGUGAGUAUUAAAGAAGUAUCUGUAUUAAGAGGUGUCGUUAUCAAAGAUGCGUGUAUCAAAGAGCUGUUGACAGUUCGAAUAUUCGUUUGCUUGUGUAGGAUCGUUCCAAGAAUGAAGCUCAUUUUCCAAAACCAUUUAUUAAUGGAGCAUGGGAAGGCCUUUGGUGGGCGUUCAUUACUAUGACAACAGUUGGGUGAGUAGUACACUUGAACUGGUAGUCCUGGUUUUCUGGGUAGUGGAUGGUGAGAUAUUUUCAUAAUAGUUGCACAAGAUAACUUAAUUUCUUAAUUGUACGCGCCACCAAAUACAAGAAAAAUGCAGUGGUGCAAGUAUUGUGCCCAUGGGUGGAUUUACUGGGGGGGGGGGUUAACCCCCCCCCCUAGAAAUCUCUCUAACCCCUCUAAUAAAGUGUUCAACCCCACCAAAAUUUUGCUUCACCCCUCCUAUUUUGUGUGAUAAGCUUUAACCUAAACGCCUAACUCCUGCCGAAGCUCACUGAGUGGUGCCACUUGCACUCCGCCAAAACUAUCUCUACCCUUCGAUCUUUUAAUGAAAUAAAUGAAAAUCCGCCCCAGUGAGCUCUAUAUAUAUAUAUAUCUGGAGUAAGAACUUCAGUCAUUCGGUCAAUGAGAGAAGUGAAACCAAGAUGGCGACCAUUGACGUCCAAUAGCUCUGAAGGUCGUAAACAGUUUUUAUACCAUUUUCCCAAGCUAAUUCCAAUUUUUUAUAAUGGACCGUAUCACUAAUCAAGUUUUCAGUUCAUUAAAUCACAAUAUCAUUCUUUAAAUCGAAGUCAAAAUACGAACUUUCAACACACUCCUUGCCAAGAUGGCGGAAAUUGAAGGAGCGGUUGGACGUCAGUUCCAGUCCCUUUCUAUUGUUUUUGUAUGCGCGGUUAACACGAAACUGGCUUCACUUUGAGCAACCAAGUUCCUACUCCAGUUAUAUAUGGAGCUCACUACACUAAUCACAAUAUUAUUCUUUAAAUCGAAGUCAAAAUACGAAGUUUCAACACACUCCUUGCCAAGAUGGCGGAAAUUGAAGGAGCUCUUGGACGUCAGUUCCAGUCCCUUUCUAUUGUUUUUGUAUGCGCGGUUAACACGAAACUGGCUUCACUUUGAGCAACCAAGUUCCUGCUCCAGAUAUAUAUGGAGCUCACUGAUCCGCCCUUUAUUGUGCCACACUCUUGUGUUUUGACUUCGAUGAGAUUAGCGAUACGGUCGGGUAGCUCCCUUUUCUAGUAUGAUCAACCUUACCCACGGGACCAGGGGCAAAAUUUCCCCAGGGGGCCAUAGAGAUUAUAAAUAACACUAGAGGAGGCAUCAAGUUUAAAAAUUGGGAACGCAGCUAAUGGGGGGCAAAUUCAAGUCCCGGAUAUAAAAUCGUACUCUCAUUGGCUGAUUUGAAACUCGUCACCAAUGAGAACACGAAUACACAUCCGGGACUUGAAUUUGCCCCCCAAUAGUCGCGUUCCCUUUUUUUUACUGAAUUAAGAUUACAAUGCCUCCUCUAGUGUUAUUUAUAAUCUCUAUGCAGGGGGCCCUAUGACGUCAUAAAUGUAAAACGAAAGAAGCGGUGUUUUACACUAUAUUGCACUUUAUUGCAUAUUAUCCUACACAAACGCAGCUAGGAUUCAUAUUCUUAGUUAAGCAGUCUUGUAUCAAAACAUUUUAAGGGCCAUCGUUGCUUUGGGGGCUCUAUUCAGCUUGGGUGCCUGGGGCAAAAUGUCCCUCUCAUUCAGCGGCCCAGGAAAUAUUUAACUUUUUUGCACGACUCGUUAAUUGAGUACUGAAAAGACUUCGCAAAAUCGACUUUCAUAUUGAUAAUGACAUGUGGUUUGCAAGACAUAAAUUUCGCUUUUUACCCUACUUGUGAGGUAUGCACAUGCCAAUGCCUAUCCAAGAUGGUGGAAUGCACGCUGUCGCUGCUUUUGAUCAAAAUAUUAAAGUUGAUUUAUUUGAAAACCAAUGACGAUACGGAAUAGUUGUAAAAGGAAGUUUAUAUAUCAUUUAUAUAUAAAAUUAAGACAAACUUAAUAGACCUUUCCCCUUAUAACCAAAAUUUUGAUCUAGGCAAGUCUAGACAAAUAUUUCAUCACAGCUUGAAAGAGCAUCACAAAAUUAGUAAUAUUCCAAAGUUUCGUUGCGAAAUGUUGUAAAAUGAGGAAAAUAGAACCUUGCGAAGUUCGCAACGAAACUUUGGAAUAUUACUAAUUUUGUGAUGCUCUUUCAAGCUGUGAUGAAAUUUUUGUCUAUAUCGAAAUUUUAGUUAUAAGGGGAAAGGUCCAUUUAUAUUGCCAUAUCCGUCUUUAAGACGAGACUUUGGACGAGCCUGACUAAAUGAAUUGUUCUGCUUUCUUCCUAGAUAUGGCGAUCGUACACCCAAAUCAUUUUUUGGUCGUUUCUUCUGUAUUUUGUGGAUAAUAUUUGGCAUUGUGAUAAUGUCCAUCUUAUCUGGCUAUAUAAAUGCCGUUUUUUCUGCCAGCACUAAAAAAAAUUUUGAUAUGCAUGGAAAAAAGGUACGUUCGUUUUCAAAAGUAAAAUAAUUUAAACCAUAGUAAAUAAAAUAAGAAGGAACUCGAUACAAACAUAAUAACAGUGUUGUAGCGAGUCAAGUCGUUGGCCGGGCUGUGUCGCUGUGACACUAAUUAACUAAUUCUAAUUAAUGUUGUAAUUAAUUAUUUUUUUAUUCUGUAAAAAUAUUCUCCAGAAAUUGAAGGAAAUAAAACUUACACUCGGUCGAGUCGCAAUUAAGCAAUUUUCUGCGAAAGUAAUUGUCGAUUCAGAUAGGCAUGUUUCCACUAGUAGGGAAAUUUUAUAAGGCAUUUUUGUUCACCAUACAACUCGAUUUGAGUGAAUUAGCCAUUGACUCGACUCGAGUGAAGCCAUUGACUCGACUUGAGUGAAGCCAUUGACUCGACUAGGACUCGAUCAAAUAGUGAAAUGACUCGACUCGUCACUCGACCUUUGGGUGACUCGACAUGUGACUCGACCUGUUGGCGACUCGGUUACAACACUGUCACUGGAUAAUAGUAUAAGAACUGAAGCUACCAUCUCUAUUUAGAUUGUAACUUCCAUUGUAAGUUCUACUUUUAAUAUUCUUAAAUCAUAUGUUACUACAUAUUCUUAGUUAUAGUAUCUUACAGUUGUAAAACCAGUGUAAUUCAGUUUUAACUGCAAAAUUGGUUGUCAAUAAAACGGUUAUAAACGAUCAUUAUUAGAUCGGUGCUGUAACUGGGAGUGCGGAAUUUAAAUUUGGACUGAGCCAGAAUGCGGACAUGAAAGGUAAAACACUCUCGCUUAAAUUUUACCCAGUCCUAUCACUCUUUCUAACUUUAUUCAGCCUUACGCUUACUGCCUUAGGACAUCAAACUUGAUCUAGCCUUAAGUUCAGUCCAGUUCCAGUUCUUCAUCUUUUCCUGGGACUUGAUAUAUAUAAUGGUGUACCUUCAACAUUCGUGUGAAGUUAACACAAUGUGUCUACAAUUUAGGAUACAAAUUGGCCAGCGUAGCAUUUACUGAUCUACAGCGCCAUAAGACUAUUGAAGGAAUGCUUAUCGACAGCUACAUUGUGAACGCCCUUGGGGAUUAUUUUCAAAACUAUAACGUUCGUACUCAUGAAAUGAUCGAUCAUCCUAUCACGUAUGGUAUCAGGAUGGCGCAAGGCUCUAAAGAGCUUGAGAAAUGUAUCAGAAGAUAUCUCAGAGAUCAUCCUCAAGAGGUUUUUGAUAUGUUAAGGAAGAGUCUAAAACCGGUGAAGGUGAGGGGAUUGAUUGAUACGUCGGCCUUCUGCCGUACCUAAUUUCCUCGCAUGAAAAGUAAACCUUCUGAAACGCACCUAAGCUAAGGCCUGGAACCUAGUAAUGUAUAAUAUAUUAGCAAUUUAAGAUUUUGCACUGAAAUUUCUGAUAUAGUGUUCUUGCAUUUUGGCACGUUAAGCCGGUUUUUCACUUCGCUCGUAUCGUACCGAAACGUACUGGUGAGCAUGCGCAGAUUGAAAAGAGGUUUAUAAAUCCACGUACUUCCGGAUGUAUUCGCGUAUCAAAAUAAAAAGUUCGUCACCAGCCAACUUUUUGGCGUACUACGGAAGUACUAACCAAUCAACAUUCACGAAAUUUUGAAAUUUAAAAACGUUUUUGAUACGUUUCGGUACGCUUGAAGUGGAAAACCGGCUUUACUCAGGGCCGUAGCGAGGGGGGGCAUUUAUAAAAUUACCUUAUUUGGAAAAGUUACAAGCUUAUUCGGAAACGAGGGACCAGGGCCGUCGCUAUAAGGAGGUAGGGAGUGACACCCCUCCUGAAAGCAUAAUGUUGGCAAAUUGUUUUUGUAAUCAGCGAAAAAUAUUUGAGUGGUUCUGAUUAAAAGGUAAUAGUUAUACAUGUACCAAACAUUUUAAUAAAAUUUACGAAGAUAUUACCGAAAAAAUUACGGUAAAUUAAUUUGGGUUAGUGAAAAUUGGUGUAAGGGGGCUACACACAGAGCAUGUGCGCGUUCAAGGCAAUCAUUCGGGUUUAUCAGAAGGCUGGGCCCCAGUUAUAUUCAUUUCAAUGGUCCUUCAAGAUUUGCUAAAAUGUCACAUGUUAUAAAAUUUUGCCAUCUCUCCAGAAUCCCAAAGAUCGUGAAAAUCUUCAACAAAAAGAAGCAGAGAAGUUGUUUCACCAGGAUAAAAUUAUAAACGACGUCCGUCUCUAUGGUGCAAUUCUUGUUGCCUCCAUUUUGUUCAUUGGUCUAUGUUUACAAGGAAUAACGUAUUGCACUCGCAUGUUGAAAGGUAUGGACAAUAAAAUAAUGGCAUGGUUUAAAUUAACUGGGGCUGGUUGUACCACCAGAAUCUGAUUUCAACGCAUGUUAAUUGAAAAUGUUUACACAUACAUUACAAAUCACGAGACAACAUGUGUCAACAUUUCUACUUAACAUGCGUUGAAAUCAGAUUUUGUUGCAAGUUGCAGCAAUGUUGUUGCUCGUAUUACUCCAGCUUUAGUGAUUUUUUCAAUCUUUCUAAAAUUGUUCGCUGAUUGGUAUAAGCCAAACUAAACUUUAGUAUUUAUAAGUUGAAGUUUCCUUUUAUUAUUUGCGCAUUUUCUGUAACAUGUUUUGUAUCGGUCAAAAGUAAUUGUUUUGAUGGAAGAAAUGUUUUUCGACAAUUUUCAGAAAGUUUAGAAAAGUGUGAGGCACUUCUGGAAUUUUUAAAAAAAUCACGGUGGUCCCCCUUUGUUCACCCUAUGGUUUUCUGUGCCCCCCCUUUCAUUUCAGCAAAAUUUUUACAAAGAUGUUUUUAUCAGUCAAAAGUAAUUGUUUUGAUGAAAAAAAAGUUUUUGGAUAAUUUUCAGAAAGUCUGGAAUAGUUUGAGGCACUUUUUAAGAAAAUACUGUGGUCCCCCUUUGUUAACCAUAGAGUUGCCUGUUGUCCCCCUCUCUAUUUUGCAUUUUGAAACUUGUUUUUAUUGGUCGAAAGUGAUUCUUUUGAUCAGAAAAAAGGUUUUUGACAAUUUUCAGAAAGUUUGGAAUAGUUUGGGACACAUUUUGAAUUGAAUGUGGGUGGACCACAUAUGCAACCCUUGGGUUAACUUGCGAUCAGGCCUAAAAAUAAAUCGAUCAGGCCUAUAAAUAAAUCAAUAGGCCUGAUACAAACCUUAUAUACAAAAGUCCAUGUCGUACAACUGUAUUUCGGUUGUAAAUCUGGUUGGUCUAUGAGACAAAAGAUUAUACUAUUGUUGUUGAUAUAUUUUAUAGUGAUCACAACUAUAAUUAGAUUGUUGUUGUCGUUGUGUGAAAUUUAUAUUUCUCGUGCGACAUUUUGAUCAGGGACCGCGGAGACGGGGGGGCUGGGGGGGCUUUAGCCCACCCACUUUUUUUGACAGCCAAAAUUAUUAAAAUAGAAAUCUAAAUGAAACUUUCUAAAUUAAUUAAUUGGGGGUUUUAUUGAUGAUUUAGCCCCCCCACUCUCUAAUACGCUCCGCGGGCCCUGUUGAUUGGAUACUAAAUAUAAACUUUGCUGUGGGUGGAAAGCGAUCGGAUUGUGUCAGGCUCUUUGUAAAGGUUAGCACUAUUUUCCAUCCAGCAAACUUAACCUGACGUCAUUUUCGGAAGAUAGAAGGGGUGUUAAAUGGCUAUGUAACUAGCCCAAAUCCUACCCUACUCUAACCCCUAACCCUAACCGCAACCCUAACUCUAACCCUAAUCGAAUUAACAAAAAAAUAAAAAAAACGACUUUAGAAAAUCGAUAGGGCGGUUUGCUAACCCUUUGUAAAAUAGAGUCUGAUACUCAGGUGACCACAGUCCACAGAAACCCUAGUCAAUCAAUUUAUAUAUUCUAGAACCUACACCAAGUACAGUCACACAUCGUAUUGUAAUCGACACGAAAUGGGGGUUUGGUGCAUUCCAAGAAAUUGACAGUCCCUUGAAAGAACUGGUGGAGCAGUACAACAGUUUCCAGGAUGACUGGGUCAAGAAACUGAAAGAUAUCCAUGAAGAAUGAGACUGUUUAAUAUUCUUUGCUGGCUUUUCAUAUACCCCUGGAUUUGUAGUGUAGAAAGAAAUUAAAGGUACAGCAUACUUCUUUUUUGUACAAAAUUGAAUGCUGCUGUUGGCCCAUUUUUAGAAGAAUGAGAGUUGACAGUCGUACAUUUUAACGGGGGGGGGGGGAUUUCAAACUCUAGAUUAACAAAAUAAAGUUUGAUAAGUGUUCCAAUAAAUAGAAUACAUUAAUUAUGGUGUUGAAAAAGCAUCAAGAACAGCAAUUCAUUACUUAGAGCUGAUCAAUUCAUUUGUUGAAAAAUUGAUCAACUUCCAGGUGAUCUUGAUACGCGGAAAAGUACUGGCACUAGUUGUCAAAUAGAAAUCCAUUUUAUGAUUAAAACAACUGAAUAUCUCCUGUAAUAUACUUUAUUUCGAUUCCAUAUUUUUGUCAGAGCUAUAGUUCUCGUAACCAAACAUAAUUACAAAAUUUCAACUAGUUUCAUAAAGAAUAACGAAAGAUAUAAUUGACUGAAUACAUCAAAAUGGAUUUCUAUUCGGACAACCCUUUCUGAGCGCUGAUUGGCUAAAAUACGAACACGAGAUCACCUGGUUCUUGUGUGUUUGAAUCAACCAAUGGCUUUACGUUUCAGUGACUGAUUGACCAAUUGGGAACAAGCAUGCCAGUAAACAGGAAGUUGAGCAAUUUUUAACCAAAUGAAUUGAUCAAUGUUAGGUAAUGAAUUGUUGCAAUAUUCUAUCAACAAUAUUCUGCAACGACAGUAAACAGCUUCCAUUUGGGCAGAGCUCAGCAUCUGUGUUUUAGUGUAGUUCUUCUGAUGUAUUAAACCCCAAAGCAUUAAUAUUGAGUAAUGACAAAUGACUAAUGUAAGUUUUUUGUUAGACCCACCUCACGAAACACGGCUAAAAUUAGUAAGUCCCCCCAGAGAUUGAAUUUAUGAAUAAGCCUUUACUUCUCGGCCAUUUUAGAGGGGGGGAAAGGGGGGGGGGGGGUAUGGAUCACGUUUCACAACGAAAAAAAAAGCCGUUUCACGAUUCACAUGUCUUAAAAAAGCAAUUUCACAGAAAACUAGAUUCUCAUAAAAUAAUAUAAUAAUAAUAGGUUUAUUAAGACUUUGUUUAAUGCAUGGUACAGUAUCUACGGUUUAAGUUCUCUCAUUUCUCUACCUGUCAGUUAAAAACUACAUCAUAACUUACAAGUUUGAGUGCAUGCGUGUCCUCAGCGCCAGGAACCUUGUCCUCACCAGCAGGAACCUUGUCCUCACCGCCAGGAACCUUGUCCUCACCGCCAGUAACCUUGUCCUCAUCGCCAGUAACCUUGUCCUCACCGCCAGGAACCUAGCUUGUCCUCACCGCCAGGAACCUUGUCCUCACCGCCAGGAACCUUGUCCUCACCGCCAGAAACCUUUGGGCCAUUUAUACGGGACAAAAUAAGUCGCGUCUUACAUAAGACGAGUCUUAUAUAAGCGGAGUUAUUGCGUAAAUGGUUCUCUACGGAUUUAUUCUUAUUUGUACUUUCUAUAGCUAUAAUGUUGUUUCGGUUGUUUUUGUUUUAAUAUGCAAGGCUAAUAAUUUUACGUUGUUUCAAGUUUCGGGCAUGUGUAGUAAGAAUUUUUGUCCAAAAUUUCUUGUUUAAGAUGCGACUUAAAUAAGAACAGCUAAAAGUCCUGUUCUUAUGUAAGACGCGUCUUAUCCAAAACGCGUCUUACAUAAGAAUUUUGUACCUUUUAUACGACAAACUCGCGUCUUAUUUAAGUCGCGUCUUAUGUAAGUCGCUUCUUAUUUUGUCCCGUAUAAAUGGCCCUCUUGUCCUCACCGCCAGUAACCUUGUCCUCACCGCCAGUAACCUUGUCCUCACCGCCAGUAACCUAGCUUGUCCUCACCGCCAGUAACCUUGUCCUCACCGCCAGUAACCUUGUCCUCACCGCCAGUAACCUUGUCCUCACCGCCAGUAACCUAGCUUGUCCUCACCGCCAGGAACCUUGUCCUCACCGCCAGGAACCUUGUCCUCACCGUCAGGAACCUUGUUCUCAGCGUCAGGAACCUUGUUCUCAGCGUCAGGAACCUUGUCUUCAGCGUCAGGAACCUUGUCUUCAGCGUCAGGAACCUUGUCCUCAGCGUCAGGAAGCUUGUCCUAAGCGUCAGGAAGCUUGUCCUCAGCGUCAGGAUUCAGGAACCUUGUCCUCAGCGUCAGGAACCUCGCGAAAGGCCUCCGAAGUUUUUACUCUUGUGCAAUCGAGUGAGAUCAUAUAAAUUUGAUUAUCGCGUAUCAUGUUUAUUAUAAUAAUCACUAUAAUAAUCACAGUUCACGAAACAGGCAUCCUUAAUUCUCAUUUCACGGAGCAUUUUAUCGACAAUCAAGCCUCACGGCUGUAGAACAAAUCACAUUUCACGACACUAAAAUCAAGCAUUUCACAUUUCGCCCGAACAAAUAUUCACCAUUCACGGCUCACGAAAAUACCCUUUCCCAACCUCUUAAGAGGCAAUUGAGUAGACUGGAUAUUACUGCAUGCAUGCAUGCAUAUAGGGCACUAACCUCUUAUUAGUGGCUUAAAUUUAAAUCCAGCCUGUAAAACUCUUUUGUUUAGGUUUGUAAAAUUUUUGAUGUUCUUGUUGUUUAUUAUUGCAUGGCCAAUUGCAAAACUCUUGGACUGUGUACUGGGUGUUGAUUAUUCAACCUUUUUCAGGAGAGCAGGUGGGUUUCACUUCCAUUACGUCGCAUUGUGCCCUGUGCAUUUUACUCUGUCUAACGCCAGAUGACUUUACUUGUCAAGGAGAGGCCACUGAGGAUCGAUGGAUUAAAUUGUCUACGACACGAUGAAAUAUUGUAAUAUAAAAUCUAAGUUAUAUAUAGAGAAUAAUACGUGGGUGCGCGGAAAUACAUAAAGGACAGUCUUUGAAAAGCGAUAAUUUUUACAGAAAAGCGAAAAUUGAAAAGCGAUAAUUUUCACAUGUGAGAUUAUCAUAAAUAAUCUCACAUGUGAGAUCACUUUUAUCAGUGCUCGAAAUCUCUAUAAAGCACUAUACUUUAUAUAAUAAAUGACAAUAAUCUGGCAAUUAGAAUCUUUUCUGCUUCAUCCAUUUCAUAUUCUUUGAACAAUAACAAGUGAUCGAGACACCCAAAAGCCAAGCAAAGCGAAUAGGGUGAAAUCUUAGCGGGCAGACUGUCUGCAAUGCAGGCUAACAUUAGGCAUAUGUAAUUAACAUUUUAGAAUUGAAAGAACUUGUAUCGAUGCAUUUGGAACAGACUUUAGAAAAUGAGGAGCCUUUGACUGGUGAUGAAGUUCUCAUUAUUAAGGUUCGCUUUUGUAUUUUAUCCAGUUUCAAUAAAGUUAGUUUAGGUUUUCUCCUGUAGUAACACUGGCCCAGUAAGAAGUAGCCCUUACUGAACCUACUUUAGAUAUGUAGGGCUAUCCAGUAUAACUAAAGUUGGUUUUCCUUUUGUUUAUUUUUUAUUGAACUAAGGGUACAUUGGACAUGAGAAACAAGACAGUUGCCGACGCCUACACCCCAAUCCAUCGAGUGUUCAUGUUUGGUAUUGAUGAGAAGAUGACCAAAGCAAAUAUGAAUAAGGUGUGUAUAUCUAGCUUUUUACUGGAAUGCCAUAUAAUGCUAAUGUCUUAAAAAAACCCAAAAGCAAUGGACCAUUCCCCAAUUUGAAAUUUUCAGUCAUUUUAGAUUACAAACGGAAAAUGGUUACCACUUCUGUGCGUAAUACAAAAUGACUGAAAAUUACAAACUUCGCAAGGCUAUAUUAUCCGCAUUUUACAACAUUUUGCAACGAAACUUUGGAAUAUUACUAAUUUUGUGAUGCUCUUUCAAGCUGUGAUGAAAUUUUUGUUUAGGCUAGUUAAGAUCAAAAUUUUGCAAAAGUGGUAACCAUUUCCCGUUUGUAAUCUAAAAUGACUGAAAAUUUUAAUUGGGGAAUGGUCCAUUUGCAAGUUGAGAUUGUCUUCUGCUGAGAUUGGAGUUGAUCACUGAAUGCGAGUCACCAUACAUUCCCUGAGAUCCAGUGGCGGCGCCAGGCCUCCAAAUUUGGGGGGCAUUUGAGGGGCAAACUCAAAUUUUUGGGGGGCAAGAUAGAAUUUUUAAAAAGGUCGCCCCCCAAGAGAUUCGCCCCCCCCCCUUCAAAACGUGGCGAUAUCGCCUCCCAUGGGGGUGAGGCGAAUACCCUAGGAAUAUCGCCCCUCUUUAGGACAUUCGCCCCCCAUAUAUGCGAUGUGGUUUAUUCAAAUAAUUUCGUGAUACUUUCAUCUUAUUAGUGCCUUACACGUUUGAGAAUUUAACUCUGCAAAACUAAAGCUUUUUUGUCUUUUUUUGAAACUUAUUAUUGGAGUAUUGGCAAGUUUUACCAUUCGGAGAUUUACAAAGUAAUAUUGAAACUGUAAAAAACAGUUUCAUGUAUACGCGCAUUCACUAAUGAAUAAUGACAACUUAUAAGCCAUACAUUUUCCGAUAACGAGAAAACGCUUGUGUAGCCUUUAGUCGCUCUUAGUGACUAAUAAUUUUUUUGAUGGGGGGCAAAAUGAGGGGGCAAAAAAAAAUUGGGGGGGGGGGUAUUUGCCCCCCCUGGCGCCGCCACUGCUGAGAUCUAAAUAUGCAGAAAGUUUUAUAUUUUGCUUACACAGGAAAUUUUUAUUUUUGGAUUUUGCUGCCUGGAAGAGAAACAUAUUUUCUUGGCCUUAUCACCUCUUAUCCUUGUGUGUGCCAGGCAACAAGUGCCUUCGCUUCAAACGUGGAUGUUCUUGUAUAGAGAAUUUAUAUCAGACAAUAAUAUUUAUUGUGCAUGCAUCAGGCCUCGAAUUUCCCUGGCUGAAAUCAAUCGACGGCAAUGGCGUUAAAAAUUGCCGUAGAACGUAACAGCUGUCUACGGCAAUUUUGACAGUUACCACGGCAUUUUUCAAAUUACUGUAAUAAAACUUUAAUUUUAUUGUUACUUUGGAUUUUUGACAAGCUAGAAACAUGUCUACGUAUUUCUUUAGUGUUUUUUUUUUGAAGAAAACUGAGACUAAAAUAGUGAUUUACGCAUGAUUUGAUCGAUCAGCAUCUGAAUUCAAGUAUCAAAUUAGUAAUGCACAGUGAAUAGUAUAAAAAUUGCACUAUACGGCAAAAAACUGUCGUCGUUGCCGCAAUGAUCCACGGCAUUUUGUUCUCCCUCUACGGCAAUUGCCGUGAUUGCCGCGAUAAAAUUCGAGCCCUGUUGUGCAUGCAUGUGACAUAAUAUUAUGUUUCCUCAGGUUGUGGAACGCGGUCAUUCACGUAUCCCAGUGUACGAAACAGAUCGAGAGAAUAUCAUUGGUGUUCUGAUGGCCAAAAGAUUGAUUCCAGUUAAUCCUGAAGAUGCUGUACCUGUGAAGGAUCUCUGUAAAAAGAAUCUCUUGACCGUGUUUAUGAAGGAUCCACUGUUUAAUCUUCUAAAUAAAUUUCAGACUGGAAAAAGUAAGUCGAUCCUCUGUGUUUGGUGGCAUGUUGAUGGCACCAUGCAUGACCAGGACGAGAGUAACACGAUUAUGAAAUGUCAAGCUAACAGAUUAUAGGUUCCUCCAAUGAUAAUGCACUAUAUCUUUCUUAGGUCAUAUUGCAAUCGUUAAAGAUCAAGUUGAACUUGAUAAUGGGUCGUUUCUUGAGGUACGGUACUGUAUUAAAAAAUUACGUCGUCUGAUAAACUCCUUGACUCAUAUUGUCUGCUUUGGUCUGUGUUUCGCAAUCUUUUAAAUUAUAUUAUUUUUUAUUUAAAAAAAUCCUGGUUUCUGAUUGGCUAACAGCCAACUGUGAAAUUGUCAUAUCAACUCAAUGGCUAACCAAAUACAGAUUUUUCACAUUCAUAUUAGCAAAAUGACGUCAAAGAGUCAAUAUGAAAAAAAUUUGGACGCGUUUGCGCCAUAUUACUAUGACGACGAGAAUCAUAUUGACUCGCUGACGCCAUUGAUAUGACGCGACGACGGCUGCCGAAGGACUAGGGAAUUGUUUUUUUCUUAAUACAAAUAAAAUACAAAUGUUUGUUUUGAAUUUUUUAAAUAAAUAAUAAAACAAUUAUUGAAUUCGGUUUUCGCACAAUUUGAAGAAUUAUCAAGCCCUCAGUUUGCCGUUAUCAACCUCAGCCUUCGGCUUCGGGCUUGAUAAUUCUUCAUAUCGUGCUCAACCUCAUUCAAUAAUUGUUAAAGUGCAUAUGACAUGAAAUUUCUGAUUUUCUUAAAUGAAAGAACUCUUUAAGUUCUAAUGUAACUUAUUUUUCAGUUUCUAGUUUUUAUGGUUUGUUCCCGAGAUAUUUCAAUUUGUUUGAUAUGUAAAUAAGUGUGAAUAUGUCCGCUAAAUUAUGACGUCAUGUUGGUUGCAAGCUCUUUAAAAUGGUUGAUUAUCACUGAUAUCAUCCAAGAUGAUAAUUUCAAACUUCACUCACUGGUAAAUGUGAUGAAACACUGGAGAAACUGAUAUCCACAGUUUUUAGAGUUAAUACAUUUAUAACGUCAUAAAUUAGCGGGCAUAUUCACACUCAUUUACAUAUCAAACAAAUUGAAAUAUCUCGGGAACAAACCAUAAAAACAAGAAACUGAAAAAUAAGUUACACUACAACUUAAAGAGUUCUUUCAUUUAAGAAAAUAAGAAAUUUCAUGUCAUAUGCACUUAAAUCAUCACGCAUGGCUAAUUAACGUAACGACUUAGAAUUUACCUAAAGCCUGGAGCCGGUUGUAUAAAACCCUUAAUCACUUUCUUAAUCACUAUUUUGUAGUUAAAUAGUGAUUAACUCUCAAAUAGGCGCUUCUUAUUGGAUGACAUUUCCACUUAACUAUGAUUAACUUUAAUCACUUUUUUAUACAACCGGCCCCUGGUUUCCAUAUGGUUGUAAAAAUUGAGUCACGAUCUUUCUCAACGGCCAGUUUGUAAUAGUUUAUACCUGUAAACAACGUAUAAAUCGUAAGUAUUCUCUAGUUAUAAUCACUCCGCAUAUUUUCAGUUUUGAAAUGUUGUAUUUCGGCUGAUGAGAAAGAUCGUGACUCAAUCUUUACGACCGUUACGACCAUAUGGAAACCAGGCUCAAGUAUGCAAAAUUCAUACUGUGAACACGGAAAUUUUAAUAGUGUUAACCAGUCUUGAAAAAAGGCGAUUGUUUGGUUGGUUGGGAAAAAAUUCAAUAUACAUGUGCGUGUGACUAUAUGUAACGACCAAUAGACCCAUUGCAUUGACGUCACAAAUCCUUAGAAUGUCCUCCAGAUGCUCCCUAACAAUUCCCUAACAAUAUAUAUUCGGAUGCAACAACCAAAUACAGCGCAAAAAUUAAUCAUUUUAAUUCAAAAUUAUUAUAAAGUUUUACAAAAUUUGCUUUGUUUACAAAAGUUAUAUUAUGCAUAGAUUGCUAAUUUGUCCUCCAGAUGCAUCGUCACUGGCGCUGUGACGUCAUGUGCAAUGGGUCUAUAUUCUGAAAAGCGGGUUGCCAUAGGCCUAAAUCAGGCCAGUUUACUCGCUGGGUAGGGAAAAUACCAUUGCCGAGCGCUUUGAGAAAGUGGAAGGGUUACUUUUUGGUGAGAGAGGAAACUGAAAUAUCCGGAGGGAAAUCCCUCGAUGCGUAUAGGAAUGGACCAGCCACAACUCACUGACUUCAACUACAUCUUGUCUGUGUAGUCACUGGUGUAGCCCUGAAAUGCUAACAAGGCGGCCGCUCUUAAAGGGGAGGGGUUGCACUGGUGACAAUUAUAGGCAUGGUGGUGAGAAGGCGUAGUAGUCUCGACUGAGCAGUUACUGUGAUAUUCUAUCAUUAGACCAUUCAUGUGGCUUCUAACAUGAAAGGAGUAUUUUAUUUUAAGUUUCAAGAUUCCUUUCUUCAAAAAACAUUGAAGAAUUUCUGAAAAAAUAAAUACUGAAACGCCUAUCAUUUCAAUACUACAGUUGCAAAGAACUUUCCAGGUUAUAAUUAUGCAAUCUGCAAAAAUAUUUAGGGUCCCCCCCCCUCUCCCUCCCUCCUCGGUUUAAACAAACUAUUCUCUGUUUUACAUAUGGAUGUACUUCGUUUCUUUAGAAAACGCUUGGUGUCAUCACUUUAGAAGAUAUUAUCGAGGAAUUAAUUCAAGAAGAUAUAUAUGAUGAAUCUGAUCUGACUAGACUUCAAAAGAAAGUUCAACAACGUAUCAACAAAAUGUUCAAAGGAAAGUCACAUCCAGGCAUGAGGCGGCAGAAGAGUUAUGAUCCUACUAGACGCAAUGUGGUGAGUUGAAUUCUGAUUGAUAUCUUUAAUGUUGGGGUCAAUGUAUUUUUAAAUUAUUUAUUUUAAUUGUAUGUUGGGGUCAAUGUAUUUUUUACUUAAAAGUAGUAUUCUAGCCUCAAUUGACCAUUUGCGUAAUAGACCACAUUUUGAUCUAAACAAGUCUAGACAAAAAUUUCAUCACAGCUCGAAAGAGCAUCACAAAAUUAGUAAUACUCCAAAGUUUCGUUGCAAAAUGUUGUAAAAUGCGUAAAAUAUAACCUUGCGAAAUUUGCAAUUUUCAGUCAUUUUAUAUUACAAACGGGAAAUUGACAGCCUCAAAGCGAUGCGGGCUGUCAAUUUCCCGUUUGUAAUCUAAAAUGACUGAAAAUUGCAAAUUUCGCAAGGCUAUAUUUUACGCAUUUUACAACAUUUCCUAACGAAACUUUGGAAUAUUACUAAUUUUGUGAUGCUCUUUCAAGCUGUGAUGAAAUUUUUGUUGAGAUCAAAAUUUAGUCUAUUACGCAAAUGGUCAAUUGUAGCUGCUGUUGCUGCUGUGGUUUGUAUACAUGGGCGUCCAGUGUAGUUCAUGUUCUAGAAUAAGCGUAUAGGUAGUAUUCCUAUAUCUGAAAAAUAUAUCUCAAAUGUGGUGGUUCAUUGUAGGUAGUGUUCUACCUGAAAAAGAUAUCUCAAACGUGGUGAUCCAGUGUAGGUAGUACUCCUACCUGAAAAAUAUAUCUCAAAUGUGGUGGUUCAGUGUAGGCAGUAUUCUACAAUAAGCUGCCGUCAGUAGUGUCUGAACUACCUGAGAAAGAUAUCUCAAACGUAGGGGUCCACUGUAUGUAGUAUUCUUUAAUAAGCUGCCGUGGUUUGUGUCUGAACUACCUGAGAAAGAUAUCUCAAACGUGGUGGUCCAGUGUAGGUAGUAUUCUACAAUAAGCUGUUGUGAUUUGUUUCUGAACUACCUGAAAAAGAUAUCCCAAACGUGUGGGUCCAGUGUUGGUAGUAUCAUGGAUUGUAAAAUAACUGGAUAGGAAACUUCCUGACGUCACAGUCUAAACCUAGUUGCAAUCUGUGACGUCACGCGUAUUGCCAAAGUUCUCAGCAUUUUUGUUGUUUCGCUAUAUUUUCCGCUUUAAAAGAGUAAUAUUGAAGCAUAAACUGAUCUAAUUGUUUUAAAAACAUGCCUAAGCGGCCACGACAAAGUAUUCAAGGUAAAUGUUUUUCGUCUUUGUUUUGUAUUUUUUUACAUUUGUAGCUACGAAAUUGGCGUCGCCAAUUUUAACGAAAUUUGCGAUGCAUUUUUCACGGUUUAGUGCUUGAAAUAUUUGCUAAAAUUGACUGGAAAUACUUAGAGAUUUCAUCGUAGAAUGGCCUAGUUAUAUUUAUUUGCUCUUUGACUAAAAUGUUUAGCUGUAUUAUUGCCAAACAUGCCACAUUUUUAAGAAUUUGGUUUGCAGGUUUCAACGCCAUCAUCCCAUUGAAAACAUUAGGUCACGUCAGCUAGUUUCCUAUCCAUGUAUUUUAUUAUCCAUGGUAGUAUUCUACAAUAAGCCACCGUGGUUUGUCUCUGAACUACCUCAAAACAUAUCUCUCAAACGUGCUGUUGUGGUUUGUGUCUGAACUACGUGAAAAAGAUUUCUCAAACGUGGUGGUUCAAUGUAGGUAGUAUUCUACAAUAAGCUGUUGUGGUUUGUUUCUGAACUACCUGAAAAAGAUGUCUCAAACGUGGUGGUCCAGUGCAGGUAGUAUUCUACAAUAAGCUGUUGUGGUUUGUUUCUGAACUACCUGAAAAAGAUAUCUCAAACGUUGUGGUCCAGUGUAGGUAGUAUUCUACAAUAAGCUGCUGUGGUUUGUGUCUGAACUAUCUGAAAAAUAUAUCUCAAACGUGGUGGUCCAGUGUAGGUAGUAUUCUACAAUAAGCUGUCGUGGUUUGUGUCUGAACUAUCUGAAAAAGAUGUUUCAAACGUGGUGGUCCAGUGUAGGUAGUAUUCUACAAUAAGCUGUUGUGAUUUGUGUCUGAACUACCUGAAAAAGAUUUCUCACACGUGGGGGUCCAAUGUGGAUAAGCUGUUGUGAUUUGUGUCUGAACUGCCCGAUAAAGUCUAAAAGCAUUUUUGAGCAAUGCCCUAUUUAUAUAUUUUGAGCGGAUAUUUAUGUCCAGUAAAAAUAAAGUUAGUUUUGAUUGAACUAUUCAACCAUCCAGUAUAAAUAAAGUUAGUUUAGUUUAGGUUCUCUCCUGACUCCUGUAGUUCCACUGGAUUACAAAGGCUGGCUCUUAUACUGGAUUAUUUUAUGAAUAGUAAAGUAGAUAUAUGUUUUAACGUAAAUAGAAUGACUGCCAGCAGUCAGUGGUUGAUUUAUAGAGGGGGUUGGUGCAAAAAAUUAAAGAAAAUGUUACUUUUACUUAAAUGUUUGAGGUAUUCAAUAUUUGUUAUCAGUCUCAGACUAACUUAAGUUUUGGAAUUCAAGGCAACACCACAGCACUAGUUCAAAAUACUAUGUCCAAUAUUAAUAUUUUUUAGUUACUUUAAUUAAAUGAAGCAAAUUCUAAUUUUGCUGCAAAAGUCUAACAUUAUAAGUAUUUGAUAAUGAAAAUAAAAAAUUACAAAAGCAAUCAAAUAUUCGAAUGUGAAAAAUCACAGUAUAUCAAGAGAAUCGGGGAUUUCUAUUUUAUAUAAUUAUUAAAUUAUAGUUAUUCUACAUAUUGGUAAAUUGUAAGCACGAAACUACUAGGUGCACUUUCAUGACACUACAUGCACUGCCUGCCAGUGCUGGGUUCGGUAUGCUUGGCUGCCCCCCCCCCCCAAAAAAAAAAAACAACAAAAAACCUUGCCAGAUCCACCACUGCCAGCAAUAAUCGAGUGACUUCCAAGUCUCAUGCACUCUCAUAACACAUUUGAUCUUGGCUGCACUGGACGUCUAGCAGGAACAGUUUUGAUAGAGCUAUCCAGGUAAUGGCUAUAAGACAAACACAUUGUGAUAAUCUUAUUGUGUUUAUUUAGCGAUCAGUGAGUGACGUACCUGGGGAGUACGUGGGUGAAGAAGAAAACAGACCAUUACUUGGACGAGGCUUUAGCACUGAUUCAAGGACGAUUAAUGAUGAUGAUUUUAGUACAACUACAAUGAGUUCCGUCCCAUGA